UUCCAGGGGCGCAGCGCCCCGAAAGCUGUGGCUCAGCUGCUGGCUCUGCUGUUGCUCGGUGGCUCCAGGACUUUGUUGCUCUGAGGAUGGCUCCCUGGCACCUUUUACCAGCAUGAAACUGUGCCUGGAAAUAUUAAUGUGUUUAGCCGCUAGCGGAGGGAAGGAGGAAUUACUAGGCAUAAGCAAAUGCGAUAGUUGUUAAAUUAUGAGCUGAUAAAAAGUAUGAGGGGACCGUGCUUGCAGCUGGGGAGGAAUUUGCCACUUAAGUUCAUGCGGAGGACCAGGAGGGCACACUCCUGCCUCUCCUCAUGCCCACCUGCCUGACUUUGGUGAAGGGGGGGAAAACUGUCCCGUGCCUCAGUUUCCCCUCAUGCGUGUAGUGACUUUGCCAUCUGGGGAGAGGAUGGCACAGAGGUAGAGGAGGGCAAAUGUCAGAGGUAGUCCGGUGCUGGCUGCUGGGUGCAGGAGUGCCCGUGCGCAGCGGAGAUGCCACCUUCCCCAAAGCUAUGGACAACGUGACUGUGCGGCAAGGGGAGAGUGCCACGCUCAGGUGCUCCGUGGACAACCGAGUCACCCGAGUGGCCUGGCUGAACCGCAGCAGCAUCCUCUAUGCCGGCAAUGACAAGUGGUGCUUGGACCCUCGGGUGGUGCUCCUGGCCAACACCAAAACCCAGUACAGCAUCCAGAUCCAAGACGUGGAUGUGUACGAUGAGGGCCCCUACACCUGCUCCGUGCAGACAGACAAUCAUCCCAAGACAUCGCGCGUCCAUCUCAUCGUGCAAGUGUCUCCGAAAAUCACCGAGAUAUCUUCUGACAUCUCCAUCAAUGAGGGCGGCAACGUCAGCCUCACCUGCAUAGCCACGGGCAGGCCAGAUCCAACAAUCACCUGGAGACACAUCUCGCCCAAAGCCGUGGGCUUCAUCAGCGAGGAUGAGUACCUGGAGAUCACGGGCAUCACGCGGGAGCAGUCGGGCGAGUACGAGUGCAGCGCCUCGAAUGACGUGGCAGCACCCGUCGUCCAGCGAGUCAAAGUCACCGUCAACUACCCGCCCUACAUCUCGGAUGCGAAGAGCACCGGGGUGCCGGUGGGGCAGAAGGGCAUCCUGCUCUGCGAAGCCUCGGCUGUCCCCUCCGCCGACUUCCAGUGGUACAAAGACGACAAGCGGCUGGCUGAGGGACAGAAAGGACUGAAAGUGGAGAACAAAGCCUUCUUCUCCAGACUGACUUUCUUCAACGUCUCCGAGCAGGACUACGGCAACUACACCUGCGUAGCCUCUAACCAACUAGGAAACACCAACGCCAGCAUGAUCCUCUACGAAGAGACAACUACUGCUCUGACACCCUGGAAAGGCCCCGGCGCAGUGCACGACGGGAAUAACGGCGCGUGGCGGCGAGGUGGCUGCAUGUGGCUGCUGGCCCUCCCCCUCGCCCAGCUCGCCCGCCAGUUUUGACCCGAGAGCCGGCCUGCGGAGUAGCGGUGGCGACGACCACGGCCAGCGAGCACAAGCAGAAAAGAGAGGAAGAAGAAGAAGAAGAAGUGUUCACCGUUUCCGAAAAUAAUCAUAAGAAUUGAGAGAGUAUCCAGCCAGGCCACCUGGGGGAGGGGGAGAGAGGAAAAACAUGCAAAAAAACCGCAACGGGAAUUUGGAAAGGAGAGAAAAAA